AUGCCACGUGAGAUGCCAGUGCCCAGGGGAAAGAGGGACCUCUCUGCACCUCAGAGCAUCUACCCAGAGCAUGUCCUCUACAGCAUCCAUGCUGAAGGCAGAGAAUACCUCCUGUGGCUGGAGAAGAACAGGGCACUGCUGGGGCAGCACUACACCGAGACACACUACUUGGCUGACGGCACAGAGGUCACAGAGAAGCCAGACACUCAGGAUCACUGCUUCUAUCAGGGCCACGUGCGGGGACACAGUGACUCGGCCGUGAGCAUCAGCACCUGUGGUGGGCUCAGAGGGUUUUUCCGGCGUGGUACCUGCCCAGAGCCUGGAGCCACCCUGGAGUACGACCAUGAGCCCAAAGUUCCUGCAGCCAUGAAGCUCUACCGCUGGAAAUCAGCCCCAUUGCACAAAGGUCCUCGGUACGUGGAGCUGGUCCUGGUUGCAGACAAUGAGGAGUUCAGGAAGCACAAGGACUUGCGCACAGUGCAGAAUCGCAUGAAGGAGAUCGUGAACCACGUGGACAAGCUCUACCAGCCCCUUCGCCUGAGAGUGGCCUUGAUAGGCCUGGAGGUGUGGAGCCACAAGGACAAAAUCGUGGUCAGCCCCAACCCAGAGGUGACACUGGACAACUUCCUGCACUGGCGAGAGUCAGAGUUGCUGCGGAAGAAGCCCCACGACAACGCCCAGUUGAUCACGGGCAUUGACUUCCAUGGCAACACUGUAGGGUUGGCCAAGAAACUUGUGAUGUGCACCAGGGACUCAGGUGGAGUCAACCAGGACCACAGCAUGAAUCCCAUUGGGGCUGCAUCCACCAUGGCUCACGAGAUGGGGCACAACCUGGGCAUGUCUCAUGACGAAGACGUCGCUGGCUGCCGCUGCCCCAUCCCCAAGGUUGAUGGGGGAUGUGUCAUGGCAGGGAGUGUUGGGCCAGUGUACCCCAAGCUGUUCAGCCGCUGCAGCGAGCAGGACAUGUGGCAGUUCCUGGGGGUCUGCGGCAACCAGUUCGUGGAGCGUGGAGAGCAGUGCGACUGUGGCACACCGGAGGAGUGCUCAGAUCGCUGCUGCAAUGCCACCACGUGCCAGCUGAGAGAGGGAGCCGAGUGUGCUCGGGGGGAAUGCUGCCAGGACUGCAAGGUGAAGGCUGCUGGAGUGCUCUGCAGGGCCAGCAAGAAUGACUGCGACCUGCCUGAGCACUGCAGCGGGCUCAGCGCCGAGUGUCCCGAGGAUGUGUUCCAGGAGAACGGCAUCUCCUGCCACAAUGGCAACGGAUACUGCUACAACGGGGCCUGCCCCUCCCACGGCGAGCAGUGCCGAGCGCUCUGGGGUGCAGAGGCCCAGGUGGCUCCUGAUGUCUGCUUUAAGCACAACAGUGAGCAGCACCUUCACCUCCACUGCCUCACCGAGUACGGGAAGCGACCCUGCAGCCCCAAGGAUGUGAAGUGUGGCACACUGCUGUGCCUGAGUGACAACACCAGACCCAUCCUUGGCAGUGGCUACUACUCCUUUGGCCGCUUCAACUGCAAGGCAGUGAUCGCCGGCAGCGACCCCAGCGAGGUGGCUGCCAAGCUCAGGCUGGUGCCCACUGGGGCCAAGUGUGGGGAGGAGAUGGUCUGCUACGCUGGGCGCUGCCAGAACCUCCUGGUCUAUGGUGACAAGAACUGCUCGGCCAAGUGCAACAACCAUGGGGUGUGCAAUCACAGGCGGGAAUGUCACUGCGACCCAGGCUGGGCAGCACCCUACUGUGAGCAGGAGAUUGCAGGGAUAGUCACAGGGAGCAGCAGCGUGGUGCUGGCAGCCGUGCUGGCCGUGCUGGCCCUGGCUGCCACCCUGCUGGGCAGCAGC